AUGGGGCCUUUCCGAGUUCUCCCCUCACCGUUCUUCUUGAAGACUACGAGCUUCAGACUUACGUUAGUACACGGGCAAGGAUACCGACUUGGGGUAGGGACGUUCGUUCCCCAACAGUCGCUCAUUGCCUUCCUCUUGCUCAUUCUGGUCUAUGUUAACGCCGUCUACGGAGCGUCUUGUGGAGGUUGUGCAGGAACUGCGUGUAUAUGUAAAGGGGAUAGAGGCCCACAGGGUGCCACUGGUCUGCCAGGUCUUCAGGGCCCACCUGGCUUACCUGGAUUCCCAGGGCCGGAGGGACCUUUUGGGGUAAAAGGAUUCAAAGGUGAUAGUGGCGAUGCUGGAGGACGAGGUCCUAAAGGACUAAGAGGUGCUCAAGGUCUGCCUGGAUUUACUGGUGUGCCUGGUAUCCCAGGUCAGCUUGGCCUCGAAGGUCGUGUGGGACCCCGUGGGAUUCCAGGUUGUAACGGUACAAAGGGUUAUGCCGGUCGCCCAGGUAAACCUGGUUUAGAUGGUUAUCCUGGCCCCCCUGGUUACCCAGGUCCUGAUGGUAUCAAGGGUCCCCCAGGAGAACCAAACGGGCUGGCGUAUGGGCUGAAGGGAGAACCAGGUUUGCUAGGACGAGAUGGAAUUGAUGGACCUCAAGGCACACCUGGACAGCCAGGUGAGAGAGGAGACCAGGGGGAGGCUGGACCCAGGGGACAACCGGGUCCUCCUGGGGGUCCGGGCCUCAAAGGGAUGAGUGGUAACACUGUGAAGGGCAUCAAAGGUAUUCGGGGUAUUGCUGGUCCGGCGGGUCCCCCAGGGGAAGUGGUGACCAUCAUAUCUGGGGUCAAGCAGGCGGAGAUCACAGAAAGCGGCCCACCCGGAGAAAAGGGUUACACUGGUGACCCGGGACUGGAAGGACUGCCGGGGUUACCGGGCCCACCUGGAAAUGAUGGUCUACCAGGUCUAGUUGGGCCAAAGGGUGGUAAGGGAAACCCUGGUCCUCCCGGCAGACUGGGUAAGCGCGGAAAAGAAGGAAACCCUGGACCUUUUGGUGCCAAGGGUAUGAUAGGAGAAAAGGGCUUCCCAGGCAUCCCAGGACGGAUAGGUCUCAAGGGUAUGAGGGGAGAUGAAGGGUUUCCUGGACGUCCAGGUCUCGUAGGUUUACCAGGUUUACCUGGAAACGUGACAGGUGGAGUGAGUUUAAUUCCUGGUUUCCCAGGAUUACAAGGUCCUGACGGCAUUCCUGGACCAAAGGGUGAACCAGGUCGAGAUGGUGGCAUCGGUAGGCCGGGUUCCCCUGGCUUACCUGGCCUUCCAGGGCGUGACGGACUGCCCGGCAGUCGUGGUGUACCUGGGUACUCCCAGAAAGGUGAUCGAGGAGAGCCAGGUUUCCCAGGCCCUGAUGGUACCCCAGGUACAAUAGGCUUCCCAGGACAGGCAGGUCUGCCAGGAGAGAAAGGUCGCCCAGGGGAGACUAUCGUUGGGCCGCCAGGUGAGCCUGGUCGUCCAGGGCAGGAUGGCUUGCCAGGUCUGCGCGGGCUGCCAGGUGACCCAGGAUAUCCGGGAGCCAAGGGUUUGCCGGGGAAACUCAUCAGCACCAUCCAAUUAGAGGGUUUUCCAGGACAGCCAGGUGAUAGGGGCUUCCCCGGGGAUAAUGCUCCUGACGGCCUUCCAGGUCUGCCGGGACCUAAAGGUUUGCGUGGAGACGACUGUGGACGAUGUGCUGAUGGCGUUCCAGGGACGAGAGGUGACGUGGGUAACGAAGGGCUGCCAGGCCGUGCGGGUUUCAUCGGGCCUGAUGGUUUCAUGGGUCUGAAGGGAGAACCUGGUUUACCUGGCUUACCUGGACCUGAUGGCAUUCCUGGCCCACCUGGAUUACCGGGCCGUGAUGGCUCACGAGGCUACAGAGGCCAGAAGGGAGAGAGAGGUGACUAUGAGAUUCCACCAGACUUCAAAGGGCAGAAGGGUGAACCUGGUUUCCCUGGUUUAGAAGGUCGGGAUGGUUCAAGAGGCCCCGUGGGUAACAGAGGAUCCCCAGGGGAACCUGGACUGCCAGGCUUUGAUGGUGAGCCAGGUCUGCCCGGUCUGGAUGGGUUGGAUGGUAUCCCUGGAGUCGACGGCAUCCCUGGACCUAAAGGCUUACCUGGGGACCCGUCAUAUGGGUUGCCGGGAAGAAAGGGGGAGCCAGGCUUGCCAGGGUUGGAUGGGUUACCAGGUGCUCCAGGGUUCAAAGGAAUGCGGGGUGAAGCAGCCCUUCCUCCACUCGGAUAUGAGUAUCCGGGAGAACCUGGAGACAGAGGUCCCUUUGGGCCUAACGGAAUGGAUGGUUUACCAGGUCUACCAGGUUUGGCCGGUGACCCAGGCCUACCCGGGCAAGAUGGAUUCCCUGGGCCCAAGGGCAUGCGCGGCACGGACGGAUAUCCAGGAGAACCAGGCAGACGCGGUCCAGAUGGGUCUAAAGGAUUCCCAGGUAUUCCGGGGGAUCCCGGCCUCCCUGGUCUGGAUGGUUUACCUGGGAUGAGGGGUGAAGACGGCUUACCUGGUCAGCCAGGAAGACAGGGUGACCGUGGUGAGCCAGGACGCAGUCUCACUCUGGGACUACCGGGCCUACCUGGAGAGAUAGGCCCAACUGGGAUGCCAGGUACACCAGGUUCAGAUGGUUACCAGGGGAUGCCAGGGCGGCCAGGUCAAGAUGGCUUCCCAGGAAUGCCAGGUUUGGAUGGUGUUGAUGGUAUCCCAGGAGAGCCCGGGGCACCAGGACUGGACGGGGAUCCUGGGGAGCCAGGUCGACCGGGACUGCCUGGUCCCAGGGGACCAAGUGGAGAUUCAGGUUUACCUGGCCUGGCGGGUCAGAGAGGCACGGAUGGUUUACCUGGGGCACCUGGUCUCCAGGGACCUACUGGAGACCCAGGUUUGCCAGGUCUGCCAGGGCUGGAUGGAGAAGACGGUAUACCUGGCAGAAUUGGGGAGCCAGGAUUACCUGGUCUCCCAGGGUUACCAGGUCUGAAGGGUGAUAUGGGUGAUGCUGGUCGCCCCGGCACCCCAGGGCGAGACGGAUUAGAUGGGUUACCUGGACUAGACGGUCGUAAAGGAGGUUCGGGCGACCCUGGACUGAGAGGCCUGGAUGGACGGCCAGGUAUUCCAGGCAGGAAAGGUGGACGUGGCCUGGAUGGCUUACCUGGUGGGCGAGGUUUGCCUGGUGACCCAGGAUACUACGCAGCUAAGGGAGAGCCUGGAUUGCCCGGGCUGCAAGGAGUGCCUGGGUUACGAGGCCGCCCAGGUGAGGACGGCUUACCUGGCAGGAAAGGAGAGCCAGGUGUACCAGGGCCUAGCUUACCUGGACGUGUAGGUGAGAAAGGAUAUCCAGGUGAGCCUGGCAGAGAUGGUUUUCCUGGUUCGCCAGGCUUCAAGGGAUCUGUGGGUGACAUGGGACUGCCAGGUUUGGAUGGACUGCCAGGAGAGUCAGGUAGAGAUGGUUUCCCAGGAGAACCAGGUAGAGAUGGCAUACCUGGCCUAAAGGGACCUGAUGGAGAACCAGGCUUACCUGGAUUACCUGGGGUUGGAGGAGAAAGAGGCACAUCGGGAUUACCUGGUGUACCUGGCCGCAAAGGUGAACCUGGAGAUGCAGGUCAGUUUGGGCUCCCAGGUCUUCCUGGUCCAGUAGGUCGUCCUGGUGAGGACGGCCUUCCAGGGCGGAUGGGCAAUGAUGGCUUCCCGGGGCAGAAGGGAGAACCUGGCCCCAGCGGACCAGAUGGGUUCCCAGGAGAGCAGGGAGGUCGGGGCGAGGAUGGAUUCCCUGGUAACCCUGGCGACAGAGGGCGGGAUGGAGAUCCUGGAUUGCCUGGUCGCUCAGGCUCACCCGGCUUUAAGGGUCUCCCUGGAGAUACAGGCUAUGUAGGCCUGCCAGGUAUACCUGGUGAAGACGCCCCAUUUGAUCAGCCAGGUGAGCGUGGUGAAGACGGGAUCCCCGGAGUGUCAGGCUUACCGGGCAGGACAGGCCAACCAGGUGACCCAGGAUUUGAUGGGCGACCGGGCAGGAAAGGUGAACCAGGGGUGCCAGGUGUGGGACUGAAGGGAAUAAAGGGGGAGCCAGGUCUGUCAGGACUACCAGGUCUGCCAGGUAUUGAUGGAUAUCCGGGAUCACCUGGGGAGCCAGGCUUACCUGGACUGCCAGGUUUUAAGGGUGACCCAGGGCCGAAUGGCCCACCAGGGCCAGAUGGCAGACCAGGUCUCCCAGGGCCAGAUGGACCCCCGGGUUUGAAUGGCCUGCCGGGUUUGGGCGGGUUUAAGGGAGAACCUGGGUACCCAGGUUUGCCUGGCUUGGAUGGCAUGAAAGGGUUGCCAGGAGACAACGGUUUUCCAGGAAAUGCAGGCAGAGAUGGCCCCAGAGGAGACCCAGGUGUACCUGGUCGCAAGGGAGAGCCUGGUUACUUACAGAGACCAGUGGAGCUGCCACCCCAGAAGGGAGAACCAGGAGACGUGGGCUUCCCGGGAGCUCCUGGGUUUCCAGGCCCUGUGGGUGAAUCAGGUUUACCUGGAGUGGAUGGUAUGCGUGGUACCGAUGGCAGGCCCGGGCUGUAUGGUUUACCUGGAAUCUCGGGACGCAAGGGAGAGAGGGGUCCAUUUGGAAGAGAGGGGUUACGGGGUCUGCCUGGUCUGGAGGGACCCCCAGGGUUUCAGGGAUCACCUGGACAGCCUGGUCCCUCAGGAGGAGCGUACGGCUUCCAUUUCGCAAGACACAGUCAGACCUCAGAAGUCCCCAACUGCCCCGAGAACACAGUACGGUUGUGGACGGGUUACUCGCUCCUUUUUGUGCAGGGAAACAGCCGAGCAGCAGGGCAGGAUCUUGGUAACAGCGGAAGUUGCUUAAGGAGGUUCCACACAAUGCCGUUCAUGUUCUGUAACAUCAACAACGUUGUGCACAGUAUCCUGGAGAAAUGACUACAGCUAUUGGCUCUCCACCCCAGAGCCCAUGACCCCAUGAUGAAACCCCGUCCGUGGGGACCAGAUCAAGCCCUUCAUCAGCAGGUGUUCAGUCUGUGAAUCCAUCUCUCAGGUCAUUGCUGUCCACAGUCAGACCAUGGUCAUCCCAGACUGUCCACGAGGAUGGUCUGGCCUCUGGAUAGGCUACAGCUUCGUCAUGCACACUGGAGCAGGAGCUGAAGGGACAGGUCAAUCUCUCGACUCCCCAGGUUCCUGUCUAGAAGAUUUCCGCUCAUCUCCGUUCAUUGAGUGUCACGGCAAAGGCACAUGUAAUUACUAUGCCACCUCAUACAGUUUCUGGAUGUCCACUAUAGACAGAAACCAGCAAUUUGUCAGACCUCUCUCAGACACUCUUAAAGCCGGCGAUCUCAGGCGGCGAAUCAGUAGAUGUAAAGUUUGCUUGAAAAUAGCUUAAAGAAUUUCAACAAUUUAAAACACAGAGGAAAAAAAUGGCAAUAUAUAUUGGUUAGGGUUUUUUCUAUUCUUAAUCAAGGAGCACAUUUCCAGAAGGGUGGGAUAUGUGCACCAGUAGUUUUCUCUCCAGGUUUGGUUAUAUUUAUGCGCAUUGGGCCUGGAGACGAAAGACAGACGUUAUUCAACGAAGAUUUUAAUUUCCACAUUCGUAUGGAUUAUUCAGCGAAUCUUACUUCUGAACUGAUGGAAGGUGUCAGUAAUUCUCAUUAUUACCGUGUUUUUAUACUCAUAAUUAAAACUGAAUUGCCAUAGUCUGAUAUGUUUUUGAUAUAGGUUUUGUGUCUAGCCAAGCUCACUGUAUGAUACGCAGCAUGAUUUCUGUAUUUAGUUCGGGUUUUUUUUUUUUUUACGAUAUUUUAUCGUAAUAGCAACAUACUGUACAUGUUCUGGGUUUGGAAGGAUGGACUAAUUUUGAUGGCUCUGAUAAGUUUCAGUGAAAAAAUUUGGUUGAAUAAAUCUUUUGGACUUAAAUUUAUCCAUGCCACCAAUUUUCAUGUGUCACACCGCCAUGUUGCAGUAGCUGUAUUAAAAAUGUGUGUUCUAGUUUAGAGAAGCCACCAUUGUUUGUUCAGACAGGUGGCUCCCCCAAGUGCCAAUCGUCCGUAUUAAAAAUGUAAACUGGUAGUGUAUUCAUAUAUAAUAUUACCUGACCUUUUUUUUUUUCGUUGUUCUUAUGUUUGUCUCGUUCUUUCAGCCUGUGGAAUGGCUGAUGAUAAUAACACUGCCAUGUUUUUGUUUGAUGUAAGGGAAUAUACAUGUAUCUGUGAUGUUAGGACUCUCAGCUCCAACAACGUUUAAUACAAAACUGUACAGAUUGUCUUUUAACCCAAAUCUCUUUGAACUGUGCAAAGGGUUUGCU